GGGCUUCACACUUCUGGAUGUGGCGGAGGGGUGAAACGGGAAGCAGGAACCGAGGGGAGAAGUGUCUAUAAUGACGCCGCUGCUGUUGCGCUCUUCGCUCGGCUGCUUGGUGACAGUUUUCGGCUCAUUUUCCGCUUCUCGAAACAAGCUCGUCACACAAGCAGCAGCGGUGCCUCAUCUGUAUUACUUGAGAAAAACGAUGCACUAUCAAACGGAGGAGAGAGGACACCCCAAUUCUCCUGACUACCGGAUUUAUUUUAAAACCUCUGAAGGAAAAUACAUUUCACCAUUUCAUGACAUUCCACUUACUGUGGAGACUGAACAGGACAAUGAUGUGCCAGCUAAAAAACCUAAGAAGAAUGAAAGUGAGGUGCUCUUUAACAUGGUUGUGGAGGUACCUCGAUGGUCAAAUGCUAAAAUGGAGAUUGCAACAAAGGAACCGCUGAACCCGAUCAAACAAGACGUAAAGAAAGGAAAGCUCCGAUAUGUAGCCAACAUAUUUCCCUAUAAAGGUUACAUUUGGAAUUAUGGGGCACUCCCACAGACAUGGGAGGACCCAAACCACACAGACAAAGAGACAAAGUGUUGUGGUGAUAAUGAUCCCAUUGACGUUUGUGAGAUCGGCACCCAGGUGUGCUUUCCAGGUCAGGUGAUCCAAGUGAAAGUGCUCGGCAUCUUGGCUAUGAUCGAUGAGGGAGAAAUGGACUGGAAGGUCAUCGCUAUCAAUGCUGAGGAUCCAGAUGCCAAAAACCUAAAUAACAUAGAGGAUGUCCGCAAGAGCCGACCUGGUCAUUUAGAGGCCACUGUUGACUGGUUUAGGAAAUAUAAGGUGCCUGAUGGAAAGCCAGAGAACCAAUUUGGAUUCAAUGGACAAUUCAGAGACAAGGACCUUGCAGCUGAGAUCAUUAAGUCCACUCACGAGCACUGGAGGGCACUAGUGCAGAAGCAGACGAAUAGUGGAGGGAUCGAAUGCAAAAAUAUCUCCUGCUGUGAGAGCCCUUUCAAAUGCAGUGCAGAUGAGACCAGAGGUGUGGUCCAAUCGGCCCCUGCAUUUGGCAGCGCACAUCCUGUGUCUCCAGAGGUGGACAAGUGGCAUUUUGUCUGAAUCCCUGAAGACAAUAUGGAAACCAACCAUUGUAUGAAACAGCUGCAUCUUUUGUAUGCAACUGGAUUUAUAUUUGGUAAGGACUCAUUCUCAGCUGUAUAAAGUGCCAUCUAUGUUUACCAUCUAGUAAAAAAGAAAAUGCUAAUACCCAGUACAUUGAAAUAUGAGCCGGUACUUUUGUAAUGCUGAGUAAAGAACCAGAAGCAAGAUGUGUUUUUGGGUGUCAUGUGUGACACCAGAUUGAUGUACUGUCUAUAAUUUCAGUUAUAAUUUAGAGGUUAAUCACAAAAAUAAUUGGUCUCCUUUCUACUAAAUUGUAAAUUAUGUUGUAUAUGUAUUUCAGUAUUUUUGUGACCAAUGUCCAGACCCAGCCUUGUAUAAGACUGAAAGUCAUGCUGAUAUGCUCUAAUUGGCCUUCAAAUGACCAGUGUGUAGGAUUUAGUGGCAUCUAGCAGGUGAGGUUGUAGAUUGCAACCAACUGAAUACCCCUCGCCUCAGCCUCCCCUUCCAAGUGUGUAGGAGAACCUACGUUGGCUGCGAAACCCACAAAAAACGCGAAAGGCCUUCUCUAGAGCCAGUGUUUGGUUUGUCCGUUCUGGGCUACUCCGUGGAAGAGGACCCGUUCAGCCUCCCCUUCCAAGUGUGUAGGAGAACCUACGUUGGCUGCGAAACCCACAAAAAACGCGAAAGGCCUUCUCUAGAGCCAGUGUUUGGUUUGUCCGUUCUGGGCUACUCCGUGGAAGAGGACCCGUUCCCUCUGUAGAUAUAAAGGGCUCAUUCUACGGUAACGAAAACACGAUUUUUAUUUUCAGGUGAUUAUAUACUAAUGAAAACAUACUUAUGAAUAUUAUAUUCCUAUUUCUGCCAUAUUCUGCCAAUAGAUCUCCCUAAAUCUUACACACUGGUCCUUUAAGACUGUAACCAGUUUGCGCUUGCAACCAAAAGCCCAAUUUGUAUGUAAAAAGUAAACAAUUUUCUCCUGUUUGGGUAAAUAAAAAAAUUAAGGCAUGAACAUGA